AUGUGUGUUUUUAAUCUCCUUCCCGCAGCUUUGGACACGAACAAUGUGACGAUCAAGAAACAGGUGUUCGAACUGCUUUCCGCGCUCUGUGUCUACAAUGUGGACGGAUACAACAGGGCGCUCGACGCUCUCGAACACUACAAGUCCUUAAAAGGUGAAAGAUACAGGUUCAAGGUUGUCGUAGAGGAGUUAAAAGCAGCGUCCACCUCGGAAUACAACACCGCCCUCGUCGCCUUCAUCAACUGCAUCAUCAUCUCCACGCCGCAGCUCAAGGAUAGGAUAAGAAUAAGAAACGAAUUUAUAGGUCUUAAGGUCCUUGAUGUUAUCAGUAAACUCAGACAAGAUGCGGUCAACGAUUCCGAUCUGGCGGUGCAGCUGGAUGUCUUCGACGAACAGAGGGACACGGACGAGGCGCAGAUCUCCGGACCCGACGGCGUGGACCUCAGCUCGCAUGUGGACGUCUUCUACGCCAUCCUCCGACAGGUGGUGGAGACGCCGCAGGAGAUCCCCUUCCUGAGCGUCCUGCAGCACCUCCUGCGGAUCGACUCAAAGGAGCCCAUCAGCGACGUCAUCUGGGACACGGCGGAGAAGCUGCUGCACCGCGCCACGCUGCUGGAGGACGCCCGCGACUCGGCCCGGCUGCUGCGGGCGCCGUCGCACAAGUCGCUCACCAAGCUCAAGGUCGGGGACGCGUCGCGCUGCCUGUGCUCGUGCCACCGCGACGACCCCAAGUCGCGCAAGCAGUCGCUCAACCUCAGCCUCAACUCCGGCCACCAGUCGCUGUCCACGCUCACGUCCCCCGUGUCCGACCCGCCGCCGCCGCCGCCCCCGCCGCCGCCCCUCCCCGGAGGAGCACCCCCGCCCCCGCCGCCCCCACUGCCGUCGGGAUCGGGUCCUCCCCCUCCGCCGCCUCCGCCUGGACGUGGCCCUCCUCCCCCGCCACCCCCGCCCGGUGUAGGCCCGCCCAUGCCCCCUCCGCCCCCGCCCCCCGGGAAGGGCCCUCCACCGCCUCCCGGCCCCCCACCUCCCCCCGGAGUUCGCCCCCUGCACCGGCCUGACCCCGCCGCCGAAAAGAUCCGCCUGCCGCAGAUGGAGACGCCGAAGCCACGCUCCAAGAUGAAGACCUUCAACUGGAACAAAAUCCCCGACAACAAGAUCUUAGGCAAGAACAACAUCUGGGCGAUGUUGGCGCGCCAGCACCAGGACUCCCCGACGACGGCCCUCGACUGGGACGAGAUGGAAGGACUCUUCUGCCAGCAGAACCCGUCCACGCCCCUGUCUCCUGCCAAGACCGCGAAGGACUCGAAGGACGAGACCGAGAAGAAGAAGAAGGAGCCGACGGAGAUCAAUCUUCUCGACGGAAAACGCUCCCUAAACGUCAACAUUUUCCUCAGACAAUUCAGGGUCUCCAACGACGAGAUCAUGGAGAUGAUUCGAGCGGGAGAGCACAGCGACAUCGGCGCCGAGAAGCUGCGAGGUCUCCUGAAGAUCCUCCCCGAGCCCGACGAGAUGGAGAUGCUCAGAAACUUCGACGGCGACCGGACGAAGUUGGCCAACGCGGAGAAGUUCCUGCUCAUGCUCAUGGAGGCUCCUCAGUACAAGCUGAGGAUCGAGGCGAUGCUCCUGAAGGAGGAGUUCGAGUCGACGAUGGAGCAGAUAGAGCCUUCCAUCAACGCCGUCAUCUACGCCGGCCGCGACCUCACCACCAACCCGCACCUUCAGGAGGUUCUCUACAUGGUUCUCGUGGCCGGAAACUUCCUCAACAGUGGUGGGUAUGCAGGUAACGCCGCGGGCAUGAAGCUCUCGUCGCUGCAGAAGUUGACAGACAUCCGUGCCAACAAGCCUGGCAUGACGCUACUUCAUUACGUCGCUCAGCAAGCGGAGCGAAGAAACCCCGAUCUGCUCAAGUUCCCGGAUGAAUUAUGUUUGGAUGAAGCUACAAAAACCACCAUGGAACAGCUGACCAGCGAGAUGAACCAGCUGGACGCCCGCAUCGCCAAACUGUCCCAACAGCUGAGCGCCCCUUCCACGCCCAGGGACAUCACGGCGCAGAUGGGAGACUUCUUACAGGUUGCCGCGAAGGACCUGAACUCGCUGAAGGAGGGCAUCGCGGAGGUGGCCAAGGUCAAGGUGGACGUCGCCGAGUACUUCUGCGAGGAUCCGAACACCUUCAAGCUCGAGGAGUGUUUCAAGAUCUUGUGCAACUUCUGCUCGAGGUUCAAGCAAGCGAUAACGGAGAACGAGCGGCGCAGACAGCAGGAAGAACAGGCGGAGAUCAGGAGGAGAACGAGAGAGGAGAACGCCGUCAAGAGAAGGUCGUCCUCGCAGGGUGGCUCUCAGCCUCGACCGGGCUCCUUCAGCGGGUCCGAGUCCGAGGUCAACAUCAUGGAGAACCUCUUGUCGGACAUCCGCUCGGGCUUCACGCAGAGGAAGUACGCGGAGCUGGCACUCAACAAGAACAAGAAGGGCAAGAAGCUGGACUCGUGGCAGAACGGAGGCAUGACCUCGGAGGACGAACCCUCGCUCUGCAACUCGCCCCGCAUGACCCGGCGGCGGAUGGGCUCCUUCUCGGGUCCCGCGGGUCCUCAGGGCGAAAAUCCGGCCAACGACAACUCACCAGACGUGACGCCCAACGGCAGCUUGCGUAGGAGGCGCUCUCGAGUCCCUUCAGAGGAGGACGACCACAAACUCAUGGACUACCUUCACACCUCCGGCCACGAUGGAUCCAGGGAAAGAAAGUCGUGGACUGGAAUGGAGGGCUACGGCUCCUUGGACAGGUCCUUCGCUCGCCGCGCCAGAGGAGGUGGAAGGACCCGACCGAGACUCCUUGCCUCCGAGUCGUCCGAGAGGGAGCGCCCCGCCUCGCCCUCCACGCCGGACACCAAACCGGAGCCUCCUGACCACAACAGACCCAGCAAAAACUGGCGUCAGAAGAUCGAGUUUUGGUUCAAGGAGAACGAGAAGGAAGAGGAACGGCGCUCGGGUUUGAAAUGGCGACUUCACCAACACAGAAAAUCUCUAGAUUUAGACACAUCAUCACUCGCUGAAGACGAAGGCGCAGGAAGUGCCAGCGCCUCUGGUCCAGCCCUUGGGACCCUACCCGAAGACCAACCCUCGGAGGACCCCAACACGAACGCGGGCGGAGGAGGCGGAGGAGGGAGUGGCUACCGGCGCGUGUACCAAGACUGGCGACCCUCGGUGGAGAAGACGGACGUGGUCGGGGCCAUGGAAGCGAUCGAAGAGGCCCAAUCGCCGCUGCCCAGCAAGGAGAAGGACAAGUCUCCGUGGCGGAAAAGCAACCUCAACGUCUCCAACUCGAGCGAGGCGACGCAGGAGCCACUCCAGAACGUCUCAGGCUCCAGCCAGGCCUCAGCCUCAGGCUCGGCCGCGCCCUCCUCCAACAACACAGCCGCGAGGAGGAUCCGCAGACUGAGGUCGAGGUCGAACAUCGAGCCCGGCCAGGUCGUUCAGGCUGUUCAGGGCAUAGAUGACGAACCUCUGGACGAGUCGAGUCGGAGGUCGUCGCUGAUCCAGACGCUGGGCCAGGACGACGGGAUAGACACCCUCAAGCUGUACAUCCGCCGGCCUUCCCAGGAGGAGAAGACUGCGCAGGGAAAAGAGGGCAGCGGUCACGAGGACAACGGCGCCUUCAUAGUGGAGGACUCCCCCCGUCGUGGCUCGGCCCCGGCUGCCUCCACCCUCGACGAGUCCCCCUCCAGCAGGUCGGAACAGCUGAUCCAGAAGUACCGGCACUCAGUGGACGUGUCGGCUGAUAUUCUCCGCUCUAUCGAGGAGGCCGAGUCAUCCCCCGAGCGAGGGAAUGAGUCCGGGCGGCGCGAGAAGCGGAUUUACCAGCGCACCAUGACGCCCUCCAGCCUCCGCUCAGCUCUCCAGCAGCGCCUCAAGGAUAACCUUCAGUCGGCUCAUCUGGUGGGCACCAUACGCUCUCUGGGCGACGAUGCAAUAGAGAAGCCAGAGGAAGAGGAAGAUGAGGAGGACGAGAAGAAAAGAGAGGAGAAUGAAGGGGAAGAAGAGGAAGAUGCUCGAGGCGAGGACCAGAAGCUGCUCCCGCCGUCCAUCCCGAAGCACCUCCGGAGACCUUCCCGUGACGAAAACAAGCUCGACAAGAUCGACAUCGACUCGGAGAACAUCGAGACGCCACCGGUGACCAGGAGAGCCUUCAGCAUGCGCAGCUUCAGGUCGCCGUCGGACUCACGCUGGCUCAGUUCAAAGAAGGAGGAGGAGACCGAGGACUUCGAUAGCCGCAGAGCCGGUCGAAGGUUCCGCAGCCUGACCAGCGAGGACCGGCGAGCCCUUGUGGGGGAGAAGAAGGGUGCAGGAGACGCGGAGGCGGGACGGAAUCGCACGAGGACUGGAGUCGACAGCUCGGAGAACGAAGGCGCGGGCAGCGAGAUCGAGGAGCGCGGUUCUGCCAGGAGAACUCAGCGCUUCAAACGCUUGGCUGAUCUGGCCAAGGACGGAGACAGCGAGACGGAGCAGAUGCUGGCCAAGCAGAAAGAACGAUCGAUGUCGAUAGAUGACGACGGCCUUGGAGACGGCCACUUCGAGCGCUUCUCCUCCGUCCGCAAAACGCUGAGGCACAAGAAAAUGCAAGACAGGCCCGAGUCCAGACUCAGCGAAGAUAACGCUGAGGCUGAGGCUCGGCGCGAAGGAGAGGGCUCGAGGGCGGGCUCCGUGGGGAGGAAGUCGCAUUCAACCUCCCCGGAGCGCCUCGCACCUCAGGAACAGGAGGCGAGCGUAGAGAAGAUCCAUACCAAAGUCCAGCAGGCCGAGACCUCAGAGGUCCCGCAGGAGAGUUACGAGGACAAGGAUUCGCGUCUCAAACGGUGGCAGCGAAUCAAGGAAACCAAGACAGAUGAGGAUCCUUCGCGAGGAAAAUCCAAAGAUACAGACUCUUGGAAGGACAGAAUAACUCGCCGCUUCCGCUCCAAUGUGGACAAGUACGACGUUCAACGAGCGAUGGAGGAAAGAGGCAGGGGCACCAAGGGAGACAUCAAGCCACCGGCGUCAGAGCGGUUGCAUCGGAAGAACCAGGACAGCGUGGCCAAGGGCUUGGAAACGCGAGGGUCAUUUAGGGUCACCAGCAGUGCCAGCGAUUCUUCUCGCAGGGACAGACGGGACCGCACUCGCAGUGCCAUCGACCCAAGCCACGUCCGUCAGGCGCUUGACAAAGAGAAGGAGAAGGAUAAGAAGCGAUCCGUCUUCGGGGACUCCUCCCGCGGCGUGAGUAGGCUGUUCUCUAAGCUGGACGCGAAGGAGCCAACGGGGCUGAGGCGGGGCGAGACGCGGACGAGGUCGCUCAUGGACCCCCACUCCAAGACCAGACUGCGCGGCAGCACCACCAAGGAGGUUGACGAAGGCUUCGAAGACACGGGAAGCAUCAAGUCAGAAACCACGAGUCAGGGAGCAUCGUCCACAGGCGACGUGCCGGAUGGGUCCAUUGAGAAGGGGCCAACGACGCCCUCAUCACUGAGAAGAAACCGCAAUGGGCUGCGCAUUGAUAGCCUUCGGGGGCGGCAGGAAAGCAGCCUAGGAGCUUCCAAAAGAGCGGAGAACUCGGGCUCACGGAGUAGCCUGCGUUCUUCUCGCUCGUCCCUCACCUCGGCUGCCUCCGUGAAUACGGUACGGCCGGCCAGACCACCUUCAAAGUCCCCGAGUACGACCAGCAUGAUCAGCAACAAGUCAGACUCGAGCAGUAGGAAGGGUAAGAUGACUGACUACACCUCAGCCCUUAAGAGCCUGACCCUGAAGAGCCUACGGAUGGGCCGCGGAGGCGGAGACGACUACGAAGGAACGCAGAGCUCGCCUUGCAGCCCGAAGGGGGAGAACGCGCAGCCGAGCUUCCCCGACGACCGAACUCGCUCCUCGGGAUCCCUGCACAGCUCCGGGGGCAUCACGCCCACGCGCUCGCUCUCCCGGGCUGACUCCACGCGAUCGACGGGAUCUCUCAGCAAGCAGUCGAGCGAGGGCUCCUUGAGACGGGGAACAGCCAGCGUCACCAAGGCUGCGGCGCCCUCAGCUAACAGCAGCGCCAGAGUUAAGCGCCCGCUCGCGCCUGCGCAAGUCCGCUCGCUCACCUCCGCCGAGUCACGCCACCGGAACAUCAGCGGCUCCAACACCUCCCUGCGCAGGUCACCGGGCUCGACGCCCACGUCUUCCGUCAAGGUGAAGCGGGGCGACUCGGGCAGCUCCAAGGAGAACCUCUCCCGCUCGAACUCCGGCAACAGCCGCGUUGGAGGGACCUCUCGCACGACGGCACGCUCAUCCACUGCCUCGAGCUCCAAGCCCCUCGCCGAACGCUCGGCCAGCUUCCGCUCUUCGCCGCCGAAGCCUGAGGGAACGCAGAGCCUCCGGAGGCCCGUCGGGACGCCUGCAAGCAAACCAGCGUCCGCGAGAAAGGGUGGGAACCUCCCAGCCUUCAUGCGGCCGACGACGUCCUCCUCGUCGAAGGUGAGCGCCGGAGACGCCCCCGCGCCCGUCAAGAAGGUCAAGGUCGUGUCGCGCAACCUGUCCCUGUCGUCGCCGCGCACGAUGGUUAAGUGAGGCGCUGCGCCCCGUAGUCCGUUUAGCUUGGUAGUCUCCAUUGUUCUUGCGAGCACCUGAAGCCCGUGACCGAGAUUUUCGUACAUGCACAACACACACACACACACACACACACACACACACACACACACACACACACACACACACACACACACACACACACACACACACACACACACACACACACACGUGUAUUAUAUUUGUUACAUAUACCUAAAUGUGUGUGUGUGUGUGUGUGUGUGUGUGUGUGUGUGUGUGUGUGUGUGUGUGUGUGUGUGUGUGUGUGUGUGUGUGUGUGUUUCGCUUGAGAAUCAAUUUGCAUGUACCGUCUUAUGAAUGUCUGUUAUAGGCAAGGUGUUAGGUGUCGUAACCUUCUCUGUGUUCGUCCCUUACUCUGUAGUGCCAUGGACCUGUGAACCCUUGUGCCAUGUUCGUCUUAGAGAGAAACAAAUGUUGGGCUACAAAAAUUUGUGACCGUUGUAAAGCAGAUGCAGUUUGGGCGCUAACUGACCACUGUAUCUUCAUCGCCUUAUUCGUAAAUGGUUAUUUGGACAGUAUUCAGGCCCACAGUUGUUUUAUAUCUUCUUUUCUUUUAAUAGGUAGAUAUUAGACAAGUAGAAUAUUUUCUAGAUAUUUCCUGAUAAUUAAGGCCCAAAAAACGGGUGAUCAGCGCCGACGAUUGCGCAUGAUAGAUUGUCUUUUGUUUGUCAUGUGUUCCAGUUUCAUUUUUCUUAACUUUUAGUGCCUUGAUUUAAGAUCUGAUUUCAAUUAGAAAAUCGAUACAUACCAAAACUUUUUUUUCUAACAACACGUAACCAAUAUUACCCCGAGUGUCUAAGCUACAUUCUUUGAUGAGUAUUCAUAUAAAAUAACGAAUAGUGAUCGUAUUUAAAAGCAACACACAGAAUAUUCAAAGUGCAAAUGCUUUUUUUUUAUAUAUUAAUAUAUCAAAAAAACAAAAGUGAAAUCACAUUAUCACUGUAGCUAAUAUUAAGUUUGCUAGUUGUAAAGCGUGGCUUGUACAGUCACACAUUUUCGUCUGUGAUUAUUUUCCCCGUGAGACGAGAGGCGUGUGUGGUCUCCUACCACUGGUUCAGACGUACUUAAUAUAUAUUGUAAAAAACAUGACAUAGAUCUUGUAUUUACAGUAAUUUGAAGUGUUGAGACUACACCUAGAAUAUGUACAUAAGGACAAUGCGUUAGUGAACUGGCCUCAAUAUUUUUUGCAUUCGUAAAAUAACACAAAAUCGAGAACGCUAAUGUGACAGAUACUGAGACCAGUAGCAUUAAUGUCACCAGCUUUGUUCUUUUUACCAAAUGAUGAACAUAACAAUUGGUUGUGUGAUGUUUUACGAGUGCUAUGCCUUGUCCAAAUUAAUGUAUAGUAUAAUGUUAAUUUAUUGGAUUAACGGCUUGCUUUCUAGUUUACGCCUGUACUACCCUGAGAUAACUGCUGCUGUAACUAUUGGAAGCCAAGUUAUUCAUAGGCGCUGUUGUAACUUGGUCAAAACAUGCUAGCACAUCUAUGUAUAUGUAUAAAUAUACUAUAUAUAUGUAUAUAUAUAUAUAUAUAUAUAUAUAUAUAUAUAAAGCAUUUAUUUCUUUAAAUGUUUAAGCAUAGAUCUUCUUAAGUUUUAUUAUUUGUGAUUUAUCUGAUUUAACAUAAGCUAACUUUUAAUACUACACACGAUUUUGUAAAUAUAAAACCUGUAUCAGGAAUCCUGUUUAGAGAUUGGUUGUCUAAGAAUGUGUAUGUGGCUGUGCCAAGAUAUAGAUAUAUAGAGAGAUUAUUGAAUAGGAACAAUAUAUUUUAAACGUGGAAAACUAAGAUACAAUUUACCUUAACGUUAAUGGUGUUUUACAUUUACACACACACACACACACACACACACACACACACACACACACACACACACACACACACACACACACACACACACACACACACACACACACACACACACACACACACACACACACACACACCAUAUAUAUAUCUCCCUGUUAUAAAAAGGUGCUUCCGAUUUUAUAUAUUCAACAAUCGAAGAGGCCAGGCAUGUCUAUAUGUAAAGAUGAAGUUUUUUAAGAAUGAGUAAGGUUGUAACAUCAAUAUAUAUAUAUAUAUAUAUAUAUAUAUAUAUAUAUUAUACACAAAUUUAUGAGAGGGUUGCAGAGCUCCUCUUAUCUGUUGUGAAGAACACAACACGUGAACACUCGUCUGGUCGCUUCUUCCACACUUCUUCUGUCUACAUUUAUCAUUUUUAUUAUCACUAGUUAGUUCCUUCUCCUAUGCCUUUUAUUCAUCGUCAUUUCCUAUGCGUCCAGGCCUAUUUCCAUUCUGUAUUUCUGCUCAAAAGCCUUAAGCCAAGGCAGUUGCGAGUUACACCUUUUGGGAAAAGUAAUAAAUUUGGCAUUAAGAUUCCGAGGCAGCACAGACAGAGCCUUUCCCCGUUUUCUUCAGAGUGUAUGAUAUCAGUGUCAUAGUUUCACAACAUAAGCAGGCGAUGUGUUUGUUUUGCCCUUCAAUUUAUUCUCGAUUUUUCAAUGUUUGGAAUUUCCGUGUUGAAUUUUUCGUCAUGUUCAACUCAUUAUGGAUAUCCCUAUUUUUUCUCGCUAUAACUUUGAUGAUCAAAUUUAUUUUCUUAUAGUUGUGACUUUGGACUGAUUGUUGUCACUGUGACUAGGGAAUCAAACCCCUUCUUGUAAAGAUAUUCUAUCGUAUAUAGGAUUGACGCUUUUUUUUUUUUAUUAUACUUCAGUCUUUUUCAUCAUUAAGAAUCCUUUAUAGUCAGACUUAACACAUGUAUGUAUUUAUUUUGCUAAACACUAAUCUUAUUUAUUUUUAAGUGAUUAACUUUUGACUUUUUAAUAUAUCGAAAUUUAUGAUAACUGUAUAAAAUUUUUAGAACAUAAUAAAUAUUAUUAUGAAAUA